AGGUUCGGAAAUGAGCUGUGUUGUCGUGGAAGUUUCUAGGAAUGGAAUUCUAUGUUUUGGACACGAGGGCAUUCUACGCCGGCGUGCAGAGGACAUGUUGCUACGUGUAAGGCAGCCGUUAAAGGGGGUAUAUACAGUACACUGUUGGAUGAGAGGAGAGCCGCUACGGUUUGGCAACCCCGCCGGGUUUAGAGCGAGACUGACUGAUACAGUAGUGUACAAGUCCAUGGAGGGAGAGAAUCACUUUUUAUCCGCGGAAAACGAAUUUCCUACUGGCUGCCGCCUGAGUUCUCCGGGGUUAUCCACCCAGGAUAUCCCGGUCCCGAAUUCGUGUGCCGGUCAGAUAAUCCUGCGGCGUGGUAGUGGAAGCGACGAGGGUUCUUUUCCUCUUUGGGUGGAACUGGUGAGAUCCUUGCAAGUAGCAUGCAAUAUGGAUGACAGUGCGCAAAAUAAGAAUAAAUAUGCUACUGCCGAUUUCGCACGGUCGAUCUACAAAGUUGUACUUACCGGAGGGCCAUGUGGUGGCAAAACAACGGGUCAGUCGCGACUGUCUUCAUUCUUCGAGAAUCUCGGUUGGAAGGUUUUCCGUGUCCCGGAGGCAGCCAACACACUUCUCAGUGGCGGUGUCAAGUUCACGGAUUUGAGCCGCGAGGGAGCGUUCAACUUCCAGGAGAAUUUGUUGAAGACGAUGCUGCAGAUUGAGCAGACUUUCUUCACGUUGGCGGAGAAUAUUUCGAAUAAGAACGUGCUCGUCAUCUGCGACCGCGGUGCUAUGGAUCCCAAUAUUGACGAGAACAGUUGGCAGGAAAUUCUGUGUCGGAACGGACUGAACCCGGUUUCGUUGAGAGACAACCGCUACAAUCAGAUCAUUCACAUGGUUACCGCGGCGGAUGGAGCGGAGGCGUUCUACACCACCGAAGAGCAUCAAUCACGCGAUGAGACUACGGAGUUGGCCCGGCAGCUGGACAGGCUGGUAUCCGAGGCCUGGGUCGGGCAUCCCUACUUCGACGUGAUUGAUAAUUCCACCGACUUUGAAACGAAAGUGAAACGCAUGAUAAACAAGGGUGCUGUGAAGCUGAAGUUCCUGGUGAAAGCCCCGUUGCCCCCGGACGUGAUUUUCCCUCCGUUCCAAGAUUUCGAGGUGGUGCAUGAUUACCUGACGUCUGGGUUUGCUGAUCAGCAGAUUCGGUUGCGGAAACGGGGACAAAAUGGGUACUGGAGCUACACGCACACGUGUAGGAAACCGAGGGUCGAGGGGCAGAUUGUGGAGAUCAGGCAGAACAUCUCGCAUAGGGACUACGUGAACUUACUUGCGCAGAAAUCACUGUAUCACGUAUCCGUCUUCAAGCGCCGCCGGUGCUUCGUGUACAAGAAUCAGUAUUUCCAGAUGGACAUCUACAAGGAACCCUGCCACCCAAGGUGCAAAGGGCUGAUAUUCCUGGAGACUUAUUCGACUCUUUCCGGCUCGGAACUGCUGUCCUCCUCGCUCCUGCCGGACUUCCUGUCGAUUGUCAAGGAAGUUACCGGGGACCCAUGCUUUUCGAUGUACAACCUUUCUUUGAAGGACGACUGGCGCAAGACUGACCAGUUCUGCAAUGGCCUGACAGGUUCCAGCGAGCUUAGUGAAUAG